AUGGCUAAGUCUACUCAUAAAUGUAGACAACCAUACUGCUUAUUUCCCGUGGAUGAAGGGAUGCAAUGUGAUGAGUGUAAGGUUGAUGAAGGCUGUACUGAUAACAUUGGUACUGAUGGCGAAGAUUGCGUUAGUGUCGUAAGUGCUAUCACGGCGCAAGCCAGACAUCUACCUGUGCAACCAGCAGUUAAACGUUCUCCGAAACGUUCAGUGAGUGACACGUCAUUAGACGUUGGUGGCCAUAUUGCUACAGCAGCAACCGGUGACCCAGAUAAAACAAUUACUGUCCCGAGUUGUUCUAAUGUAGACGUUUCGACUGAUGGAAAAUGGAUGACGCGAAAACGCAGAAGAGUAGGAAAGAUAGCUAAAACUAAUGACUGUUUACUUGGUAAGUCCUUGGUGGACUCUCAGGCCAAUCCGCCAAAGUCCCAUAGUAAAGUUUCGUCUGACAUUGUUGUGAGUCAUUCGCUUGACUCCCAGGACUCUGUUAAAAUAAAAACUAAUCGUAAGAUACCAGUAGUUAAAAUACAGGAUCUAACGUCACGUUCAAAAGCUGUAAACACAGUUUCAAAAGAAGCCAAACCCCUCCCUAGUUUAAUUAUUUGGAAUCUAGAGGAGUCGAAAGACAACGACCCUGCUAGAAGACAUGCACAUGACCUGCAGUUAGUGGAGUCUGUGGUAAGGAAUGUACUACCUGAAGAGGUUUCAGGAGUACAUAUUACAAAAGUAAUACGACUUGGUAAAUGGGUUGGAGGCGAGACCCAACCAAGAAGAAUCCUGAAGCUGGUUCUCGGAAGUAUUGAUGAAAGAGACAUAUUAUUGAAAAGCGCACUAAAAACUCGUGACUCAAAUAUCCGUAUUCGACCAGAUUGGCCACUUGAGGAUCGAAUCAAGUGGAAGAAUGCUCUUACGGAGUUGAGGACUCGUAAAUUAAAUGGCGAAAAUAACCUUACCAUUAAGGGUUUUCGGGUAGUCAGGUCUUGGAAGCCAAUGCUUCCGAGGCCUGUAUGGGUAGAACGAUUGAUUGCCAAAACACCUUAA